GGUGCCCAUGGUUUAUAUUUGGUGCCUCUGUAAAAUGUGAAACUAGUAUCUCAAGUUUCACUGAACUUGGAGACGACCACCAGAUGGAUGCUCUAACUACGCCGGCUGCUGCUACCAGAACUUUUUUUUCUCCAUCAGAUCAUUUAAGGGCUGCUGUUAAUGAACUGAAGUUUGGAUGGACUUUUCAGAUUUGGCCAACGUUCCCCCCGGACUCGGUUCUCUAUCUUCUCGGGCGAUCCUAUCAAACAAAAAACGGGAAGAAUAUGUGGAUAGCAUCACAAGCGUCGUCCCCUUACGGUAGAUAUUCGGAAUUCGCCGAUGACUUUGCGAGUCGUUUAUGGUUUACUUACCGAUCCGACUUUCCACAGCUAUGUACAGCAAACGAACCUCGCUCUUUAGAAUCCCACUCUUUGCCGCCCUUUUCGAUGGUUCAAAAUUUAGUUAUGCCCGAGAUGAAUAAUUCUGACAUUCCGGAAGCAAGGUCGCGAAGCUUACCCAUUGAAUCGAACUCAGAAACCUCGGUGGACUGUCUCGAAGUACCAGAAAUGGGGUACCAUGGAUCCUGUUCUGUCUCUGCAGCGGGUCUGUUCUCGGAUCCACCGAAUACCAAGCAAGACAAAAACGCUCGCAUCAUGCGUAAACUGAGCAGUUUUAUCCACGUGAAACGAUCACAUCGCAAGGUUUUGAUUCCGAUGUCAAUACAAACCUCAGAUUGCGGCUGGGGUUGUAUGAUUCGUUCGGGACAAAUGCUCCUGGCGCAUGCGCUUGUUCUUCACUUUCUUGGUCGUGACUGGAGAGUUUUCAGGAAAGGCAGUCCUAUUCGUACAUCGCAAAACCCUUUCUACCGCCAGAUCAUUCGCUGGUUUCACGAUUCAUGGUCACCUGAUGCUUUGCUUUCCCUACACCGCAUUGUCCAAGUGAGCAGUCGAUCCCCGGGGUCCUGGUUCGGUCCAGCUACCAUGUGCUCCGCUCUCAUCAAGGUCAUGGCGAACGCGGCAGUCCAGUCGGACACCCUGGCACAGAUUCAACUCUAUUUGGCUCGUGACAGGGUCAUAUAUCGCAAAAUUCAUGAGACCAGCUCCACACCUAAGUCGUUUCCAGUGAACGCGAUUUCCAUUACUUCGUCGAUGGCGAACUCCAAGUGGGAAUGUGACAGCGGGCGCGCGCGCACCAGAAACAAUAUAAGGAAGCGCCACUGGCUACGAAGUCUCUAAGCACUGCUGUGUGCCAUCCCGAGGCCCCAUCGAUAGUGACGGCAAGUAUCAGUCUGCCCAAGUCUUCUGGUCAGUUUCUUCACGUAUUUAUGUCCCGUCGUCGACUGGCUACCUUUUGCUUUAACUCAACUGGGUGCAGUGAUAGCAUUUAAUACAAGCGGAGGAAUGCGUUCAACUAGCAUACGGAGAAGCUGAUCUGGCCAUCCUAUGCGUUUCAACUUUAAUAGGCACUUCAAUGAAGAAGCAAAGGAUUUCCUGUCAGCUACUGUCCAGUCUCCUUGUGUUUCGCUUCAUUUUAAUCCCCUCUCUUCCCCCUGUCACGUUCUUUUUCUCAUCCGGUUAGUCCUUUAUCGGUCACUAAACCAACUAUCCAUUGGCGUUCAUCGAGCAUGUAUGCUGGAUUUGCCCAGACAAAACUGCUUUGCAAC